AUGACCUUCGAUGCAGAAUACAUUGAGGAAGAUAUGGAAGAUCAUAACGACCCCAUGGUCCUUACCUUACUAGUGGCAGGGUGCAAUAUCAAGAAGAUCCUCAUUGAUGUAGGGAUUUCAAUUAAUGUUCUAUUCUACGACAUAUUCAAACGAAUGGAGCUUAACGAUGAACAACUGAUGUCUUCGUAUUAUACCAUCUACGGAUUCAACGGGGCACCUACAAAGCCGUUAGGAGACACCGUUUUGCAAGUGGAUGCAGGACCAAUGAAAGUAGAUACUCGAUUCAGUGUAGUAGACGCUCCUUCCCCCUAUAAAGCCAUCAUUGGCCGAAGAUGGGUGCACAAGCUCAAAGGAGUAGCAGCGACCUAUCAUCAGUAUCUUAGAUUUCCAACACCCGAAGGGGUAAUGGAAAUAAAGGGAGAUCAGGUCACCGCUCGGGAAUGCCAAGCUAUGCAAAACCAGCUCAACAACGAACAAGAUGAGCAGCGGAAAUCUCGUAGAGCCCGAAACAAAGAGGCCGCGAAAGAGAAGGAAAUUGAUCUUUAUCUUGAAGAAGAGUCUGGAAGGAGCCUGACGAAGGAUAGUAUCGUUCUAAACACUGAGGCAAGUACUUCGACAACUAAGGAAGCUGAAGAGCCUACCAAAUAG